CAUAUAUUAUGCAAUUAUAUAGAUAAGAAAUUGAUAAAGUCUUGUUUGAAAUUGGAAGUAUAAGUUCCAUUGUCAAAGCUUAAAUAUGAAUUAUUUCGCCGUUGUCUUUAUUCAUAUUUUGAUACAGGCCGCAGCUGCGGAUGACUCGAAAUGCAUAGCUCGCCAUGGAAAGUGUCAGGAAGACAGCAACCAUUGUGCCGGAAGUUACGUUAGUAACAUGUGUUCUGGGCAUGCAUCUAGAAGAUGUUGCUUACCAAGAAGUAAUGUAGACUGUCCCGGUGGUACUCGUUAUUCUGCCACGGGUACCGGGUAUUAUCCAAGCAGCAGUGCUAUAGAAGGCGGAUUUGUUGAUAUGCGGGACCAGCCACUGGGAACUCUGCAAGAUUAUCUUGCUGGGAGGUCAAGUAUUGUAACUGUUGCAAUGGACAACCAUGCCGGUAUCGCCUACGACACUCCAGUGUGCAUACCAGAGAUGAAUCAUCGUUAUGGAAGGUUCAUUGAUUUCAGGGUUAGAGACACCGGAAGUGCAUUUUAUCACAAGGGCCAUUCCAGAAUUGAUAUAUGUGUUCGAACAGAAUCUGACUCCUUCGAUAACACCAUCAACGGACCACUGACGUUGGUUUUCUACUGAAAUAUUAAUGCACAUAUUUAGACCAUAUGGAUAUGACAAUAAAAGUAUUUCCUGAACAAG